GUGACCGUCGUCUUCUCGUCCUCUUCGCUCCACGCCGAGCUCAGCUCACAGGGCUCGACCGCCGUUUACGAAAAUCUUAACGACCUCUCAGCGACACCACAUUUUUACCCGAGACCAACUCCAUUUUUGGCUCUCUGACGAUCUUUACAAGCUCACUCGCUUCAUAUCACCAUAUCACUGACCUCAUACGAUGUGGUGUGACAACUGUCUGCUUGUUCUUCCCUUGAGAUCCGGCGCCAUUGCUUGGGCCCUCUGUAUCGCGAUCUACAGUCUUGCCGGGGGCAUUUUCCUGCUCGAGUAUGGCCAAUACCUUUUUUUCAAUCGCCCUGAAUGGCAAAUCUAUGGUGGUGUUGGAAUGGGUAUCAUGGGCCUCGCGAUCGUCACCAUCCUCGCUCUAUCCAAUCGUUCGUAUGUCUUCACGCGGGCCAUGCAAUUUGUUUGGCCCUUUGCCAUCGUUAUAUCGGCGCUGAGAGCCAUCGUCAUGAUUGUGGAGUUGCAGCGAGGAAAGGCAGCCAUCGAAUGGGAAUGUAACAACGGGGGUGCGCUCUACUACGAGUCGGUCGCUAAGAAUAUCAGUGCAACGCCGGUUUGGCCGGCGGAGUUCUGCAUCGUGGGGUACCCCACCAUCAACGCAUCGUUCAUCGUGUCGUUGGCUGUGGAUCUGAUCUUCCAGAUUUACAUGUUCUUCUUGGUGUGGCGGUACUCUACACGUUUGCUGACCUACUCUGGGAUGAAAGGUCCAUUUGGCAACGGAUACUACGCAUAGGCUGGAUCCGUUAUCGCUAUCUUCUCGGACAUCUUCUGCUCUGAUAGUCCACUUUAUUUCUCAACCCUUCACGACCCACUGUGACGACUCUUACGACAUACUAAUGAAUGGCCUCUUUUAUCAUGACUUAUUCCCUUACGAUUCGUGUAUCUAGUUGUAUGCAUCCAGUGCGUCUGGUUGAUUAUCUUCGGGCUGAUAAGCACACGAAUCCC